AUGUCAUCAGUUGUCAAAAUGUUGGAUGGGAAAUUACCACUUCUGCCCCCAGUGGUGAAACGAGAGGUGGAGAAUCCUGACUUGAGGUUUAAAGCUUUUGACAUGUUGUUACAUGACAAUGAACCACAAGUCUCAACUCACUUAGCAGAUAGUCAAGGCCUCAGAAGCAUCUCUACUCAUCGUCCGUGGAUGGAUACAUCUUUGUAUAAGGAUGAGUCACAUGAGAUGAAGCUUCUUCCGGAUCUUUAUGAUGUUGAUAUGUGA